CGUCAACUCUCGACCUCAUCCACGAAUCCCACCCCUCAAUUGAGUUGUUGCCUCCGUUGCGAAUUGAUCUCCAGCUCGAGGCAUAUUGUGCUUAAGAUGUUGGCCAGAUCAUGCCUGCGCUCGACGCGCGCGGUCGGAGCUGUCCGGAAUGGCGCGGUUAACACUACGAAGCGUGCCGCCUCAUCCUCGACCUCCUCCGCCGACGCUGCUACCCCCUUCCGAUUGAACAUGGCCGGAUCCGCUGCUACUGCUGUGGCUAUUGGAUCGAUCGCCUGGUACUAUCAUCUCUAUGGCCAUGAGCUGCACGCCAUGACACCAGCCGAAGAAGGUCUUCACCCAACUCAGUACCCAUGGGUUCACACUCAAUGGACAAAGACUUUUGACCAUCAAGCUCUCCGCCGAGGUUUCCAAGUCUACCGCGAAGUCUGCUCAUCCUGCCACUCUCUCAGCAGAAUCCCCUACCGCGCCUUAGUCGGUGUCACCCACACAGUUGACGAGGCGAAGGCAAUGGCCGAAGAGAACGAGUACGACACCGAGCCCAACGACCAGGGCGAGAUCGAAAAGCGACCAGGAAAGCUUUCCGACUACCUCCCAAGCCCCUACAAGAACGAUGAAGCUGCCCGUGCUGCCAACAACGGUGCUCUGCCCCCGGAUUUGAGUUUGAUCGUCAAGGCCCGCCACGGAGGCUGCAACUACAUCUUCAACUUGCUGACUGGAUACCCUGAUGAACCCCCUGCGGGCGCCCACGUCCAAGAGGGUCUCAACUUCAACCCAUAUUUCCCUGGUACUGGAAUUGCCAUGGCACGAGUGCUCUUCAACGAGCUCGUCGAGUACGAAGACGGAACCCCAGCCUCGACAUCACAGAUGGCGAAGGAUGUUGUGGAGUUCCUCAACUGGGCUGCGGAACCUGAAAUGGAUCAACGGAAGAAGAUGGGCUUGAAGACCCUGGCUAUCACCUCGGCUUUGUUCGCGCUCAGCGUUUGGGUCAAGCGAUACAAGUGGACUCCGAUCAAGACGAGAAAGAUUCUCUAUAACCCACCCCCUGUCACCAGGCACCACUAG